UUUGUUGCUUCACUCCGUUCUGGACUCUUACAGAACAAAUACAGUUUAACGUGAUAGCCUACAGUUUUACAGGAUAUAAGGGGUUUCUGUUUGAUUAAACUAAAGCUGUGGUCCUGCACUUGGUGAACAAGAUCUAGUGAACUGUUAAGAAGACGCCGGUUCUCCAGCUGAUCUGACAGAAAUGAACCAGGACCCUGAGGAGCAGAGUCCUGCUGCAGACUGCCAAACGCUGGCUUGCACGAAAUCAUGUUCAGAAACGACACAGAGAAAACUCAACUGGUCACGGAGAAAGGCACCAUGUAUAGCAUCACCAUGGAAAGUGUGUCCACAGAUGGGAUAAUGCAGAAGGAGAAAGACAGCAACAUCAAGCAUUGCCAUGACAACAGCCAAGCUACGGAAGACAGGGAGCGGGAGAAGCAGUUGGCCAGGAAGAGGCUCUACGUGGUCUCGGCUGUCUGCUUGGUCUUCAUGAUCGGAGAGAUCCUGGGUGGUUACUUUGCGGGGAGUCUGGCGGUGAUGACAGACGCCGCCCACCUGCUGGUAGACUUCGCCAGCUUCAUCAUCAGCCUGGUGUCUCUGUGGCUCUCGUCCAGACCCGCCACACGCACACUCAGCUAUGGCUGGCAUCGUGCAGAGAUCUUGGGUGCUCUCCUCUCGGUGGUGACCAUCUGGCUGGUGACAGGUGUGCUGGUUUACCUGGCUGUGCAGCGCCUCAUCAGCGAUAAUUAUGAGAUCGAGGGGACCAUCAUGCUCAUUACUUCAGGCUGCGCUGUGCUGGCAAACAUCAUUAUGGCUUUCACCCUGCACCAGUCUGGGCAUGGGCACAGCCACGGGGGCCUCAGCAGUGGGCACGGCCACAGCCACAGCACUAACGACAAGAGCAAGCAUGGGCACAGCCACGCGGCGGGCAAUGGGCAUGGGCACAACCACAAGAGCAGCCACUCGCACAGUAACGGUAACCAAGAAAACCAUUCCCAUGGAAAUGGCGACGUGGAACAGCACAAUGGGGUGGACGGUCAGCAGCAGAAGUCGGCGGGGUCACGACCUCAGGCCAAUGCCAGCGUGCGCGCUGCCUUCGUGCAUGUCGUGGGAGACCUGCUCCAGAGCAUCAGCGUGCUGGUCAGCGCCAUCAUCAUCUUCUUUAAGCCUGAGUAUAAGAUAGCUGACCCGAUCUGUACGUUCCUGUUUUCCAUGUUUGUCCUGGGAACCACCAUCACCAUUAUGAGAGACAUCCUGCUUGUCCUCAUGGAAGGUACCCCAGCUGGAGUGAAGCACGGUGAGGUGAGGGAUCGGCUGCUGGCAGUGAAGGGGGUGAAGUCUGUCCAUAGCCUCCAUAUCUGGGCCCUGACUAUGAACCAGACGGUGCUCUCAGCACACGUGGCUAUAGAUGACAUAGUGGAUGCCCAGCCAGUCCUAAGGGAGAUGACCCAAACCUGCUUCUCCAACUACAACUUUCAUUCAGUCACCUUACAGCUGGAACAGCAGGCCGACCAGAAGCCUGGGUGUAGUCUGUGUGAGGACCCCAAAAUGUAGACACCUGUUUAAGCCCAUGGGAGAGGCCAGGAGCCCAGAGGAAUAAGGCAAAGUUAAGCUACCUAACCAGGAUUUAGUUGUAGCCUGGACACAGUCUUUUGGCGAGUGCUUGACUUGACCAGGAACAUAUUGGAACUGAUUUCUCACACCUCACAUUUGUACCGCUAGAGUUCCUGCACCUUUUAUAGAAUGCGGCCUAAAAUAUUGCGGCGUUGUGGCACCUUAAUAUAAACAGCACUCCAAAUAGAAUAGAACACAACUUUUUUUGACUAUAUGUUACAGCGAACAACUUGCAGUGCAGUGUCUCUCUGGAGGAGUAUCCGCACAUAUUUCAGUCCACUUCAGGCUCUGCUUUUGGCUGAUCAAUCAUGGAUAUUGGACCAGAGGGGUAAACUACAAAGCAGGUUCAAUGUUUUAGGGCUCUAUUUUCAGCUGGUGUUAAGGAGGUGCUAGUGUCAUACGCAAGUUAGUUUGCAAUUUCGUCACGUGAAAACUGUCAGACUGGCAUUUUCCCACCCUAACGCCAGGUUUGGCAAUUUAUCCGUCUAACAUCAGCAUGCUUACGCUCAGAUGGGAGGAGUGUAAAUAUUUUAGGCGUGCCCUUAAAAACAUGAUCCAAAGUACUAAUUUCAGCCGGCACUGGCAUGGAUAUUUAAGACCGAUCAAAAGCUGGUUUUAAUGGUAACGCAGUUGGUUAUGGUAUGAAUUUUGACAGCUGAAACACAGCCUAUCCAGCCGUGACGCGUACACUGCCCACAUGAACAUGGAACAAGAUGUGAUUUGGUACCUGUAUACUUCGUAUCCCCCAUUUUAUUUGAUUAAAAACCAAGCAUAGCCUCCCCUCUUAAUGAAGGCUGUUUUAUUUUUGUCCUGCCCAAUGUAAUCAAGUAGGCUAGUCAAGACUGUCGAUAAAGGGUUUGGCUCGUGAGACCGCUUGGAAAUAAAUCUUAAUCACCCAAGCUUUAUUAAAAUACUGUAUCAAGUUUGAAAGGAGCAAAAGAGCUGACAUUCCCUUUUUGUCUGUGCAUUGUAGGCAGGCCUACAUUAUUUUAGCCAUGCUUUGGACGUGUGUAAGACUCCCUCCGUGAUAUAGGUUACAUGUCUCCGUGCCCAUCGUGAAAGGAGAGAUGAGAUCCUCGGUGAAUACCGGUGAACCUCGUAUUUAGAAGUUAUUUUCAUGUAACAAUUGCUUGUUUUCCAUUUAAACUCUUAAAAAAAAAUCCAAGCCCUCCACAGACUACCCUUACCCUAGGACUACUAUAGCGAAGGCUGGUUCAACAGCAAUGCGUUGUGUUUUUUUCUUAUGAUGGUGAUUUUGUGAUAUCAUUACAUUUGACAUGCAUUUAUUGUUGUUGAAAAAAAAUAAAAAAGGUCUUGCUUUUUGUUUAAUUUUAUUAAAACAAACUCAUUAUAAUUUUCAGUGCGAAUUUAAUCUUGCUUAUUGACAACAUUUGGCAUGUCCAUGCUCAGCCAUAAUGCAAUUUACAGUAGGCCUAGCCCCUAAAUCAGUGCGAAUGCUAUUGAAGCAAUUACUUAGAACAAUGUGGACUGCAAACAGGUUCAAGUUUAGCAAAUACGGGAUCUACAUUUAGUUAUUUUCUUUCUGUAAGCUGUUUAACAAACCAUAGUGGACUAACAUUGGAAUUUGAGUUGAUCCCAAGGUAAUAUAUACAAGACUGUAUAUACACAAAUUGAAGCAACCACAUAUUUAGCCAUGGAGCACGUUCUGAUUGGCCAGUGAGGGGUCAAGCCUCAACACACCCACAACUUAUUUAUUCAUCAAAUCCCAGCCCUUUCGAGCCACCGCCAGCAACUGCGCAAAUAAUUGUGGUUGUAAAAAUAGCAAAAAUAUUUUGGACACACCCUCGAACCUAUAGCGCUACUGCCAACGCUUAGAUUGACGAUUGCGUUAGGUUUGUUAAGAUAGAGUUAAUUUCCCGCAAUUCUACACAUUCUGCCAUGGGGUGUAGAGAAGAUUUAGCAAUUUUAUAACACAUUUCUUGCAAUUCUACUCAUUUUGUCAUGGGGUGGAGAAGAAAUGUAGCAGUUUUACAGCGACACAUUUUGCCAUAGGUUGGAGAGUUUUUAAUAAUUCGACCAUGAUUACAAGUUUAGAUCCUUUACCCCGCCCCCCCCAAAAUGACUCAACAACCAAAAACACAUAUCUAAAUUUACAUUUCUUAAUGAACCAGGAAAAUCAAUAAGUUAUUUGGAGUUGUUUAUCAAAGAUAGCUGGCUAACUCACUGAUCCUGCUUUGUAUUUUACCCCUUUUGUUGUGGUUAGUUUGUUUAUCUCUGAAAGCUGAGGUGGUCAUUCUAUAGUCACAAGAAAGUGUUGCACCAUGAAUUAUAUUUCUAUAUGUUUUUGUCUUACUGUAAGUCCACAUAUUAUAAUGUAAUUUGAGUGCUUAAUGGUUUAAGUGUCUAUAUUGAAAUGCUGGUCACUGUAUCGUUUAAAGAACAUUAGAUGAAACCGCACGGUAUUAGAUGCUAAUAAUUAAGAGAACAAAACCGUCCUUAUAUUUAAAAUACUGAUUUGAAUAAAAUCUACUGUUGUCAAUAAUCA